CUCCCAUCCCUUCUCCUCGAGGCCAUCUUCUCUCUUAAACCUCCUCCGCCUCCCCCCAAUCACAGUCAUGGCAUCCCGACGCAUAUCGUCCCGACUCUUCCACCCGCAGAUCCAUGGACGAACCUAUUCCACCGCCGCCGCAUCUCCCUCGUCGCGUCUCAACCUCCCCAUCGACUACAAAUCCACUCCUCUCCUGCAUCACACGGCCUCGACCCUCCCCGACAAACUCGACCUUCCCGCCUCGACCUCCUCGAAAUCCAUGAACCUCUACCAGGCCAUCAACUCUGCCCUGCGCACCGCACUCGCCAAAUCCAACCAAGUCAUGCUCUUCGGCGAGGACGUCGCCUUUGGCGGCGUCUUCCGCUGCUCGAUGGAUCUGCAAACCGAAUUCGGGUCGGAGCGGGUCUUCAACACCCCCUUGACGGAACAAGGGAUCGUGGGGUUCGCGAUCGGCGCCGCCGCCCAGGGGAUGAAGCCGGUGGCCGAGAUCCAGUUCGCCGACUACGUCUUCCCCGCCUUCGACCAGAUCGUGAACGAGGCAGCCAAGUUCCGGUACCGGGAGGGGGCAACGAAUGUGGAUAUUGGCGGCUUGGUGAUCCGGAUGCCGUGUGGUGCGGUGGGCCAUGGGGCUUUGUAUCAUUCGCAGUCCCCCGAGGCAUUGUUCGCACAUAUCCCCGGCAUACAGGUGGUCAUGCCGCGAUCCCCGUCCCAGGCGAAGGGACUUCUGCUUUCGGCAAUCUUCGAACACAAUAACCCGGUACUGUUCAUGGAGCCCAAGGUGUUGUACCGGGCGGCGGUGGAGCAGGUGCCCAAUGAGUACUAUACCAUCCCCCUCAGUGAGGCCGAGGUGGUGAAACCCGGCAACGAUCUCACGGUUGUCUCCUACGGCCAGCCUAUGUACCUCUGUGCCGCGGCUAUCGAGUCGGCGGAGAGGGCGCUGGGCGCGAGUAUCGAGCUGAUUGAUCUGCGCACCAUCUACCCGUGGGACCGCCAGACAGUGUUGGAUAGUGUGAAGAAGACGGGUCGCGCCGUCGUGGUGCACGAGAGCAUGGUCAACUACAGCGUGGGCUCAGAGGUGGCGGCGACAAUCCAGGAGCGCGCCUUCUUGCGCUUAGAAGCCCCGGUCAAGCGGGUAGGAGGCUGGAGUACACAUACAGGCUUGAUCUAUGAAAAGUUCAUUAUUCCCGACGUCACGAGAAUAUACGAUGCUAUCAAACAGACACUGGACUACUAGGCCCGGAGCCUAACAUUAUGAUUGUUGACUUGUGUACAUACUUGAAUCUCUGUUCUAGAAGGAACUCUGCACAAGGUGGCUCAAAGAGUCCCCCCAUACCCGCUAAGAUAAUGUCAAACCCAACUUGAAUCCAUCAAACCACCUUCAACCGCCCGACCUCCCCAUUAAACAUUACCCAUCCCUCAAAUCC